UUCAAGCAUGCUAUAGAAGACGGCGUGUUACAGUACAAGCAAUAUAUGUGUCAUGUGAGUGCUGGAGGUUCUGUCAACAGCUGCUCAGUUGAGAUAACAUUGUUGACCAGUCAGCCUGGCAAGCAAAUUGUGAAGCAGUUGAAAGAAGGACUCCAGGAUACUGACCUUGUUAGUCUCCGUAAACUUCAGGUAGUCCAUUUGUCCAAUACCUCUACUCGUCCGCUAAUGGAUAUGAACGGGAGUCCUCCGAUAUUGUCUGGAGAAGUUGAAGACACUGAUGUAAGCAGUAUCCUAGGGACUGAAAUUGAAUUACAGACUCUGGAGAAUGAUGAGCAAACUUUGGAGAGUUUCUUCAAAGCAUGGCUGCAUGAUCAUAAUUCUGACAGGGAGCACCUUCAUCUGCUAUUACCACCAGCACUCCAAGAUGGAAGACAUAGUUCAACAUGUCUGAAAUGUGACAUUCAAGAGCGACUUUUGAGCCCAAGUCUGCUACAAGAAGCCACAGACUUUACUUUAAGAACCGAGCGAAUAGGAAAUAUCUAUCAGUCUAAUAAAGGAUAUUUGUUAAGGCAGUCUGUUACACAGCUCAGAAUCAUCAAAGCAGUGAAAUUAGAAGGGGUGUGUGAGUCUGUGUUUUUUGGACUUCCUGUUGUCAUCAGACCCACAAACUGCUGGCAGCUGGACUGGGAAGAGCUGGAGUUAAACCAGCAAAACUUUCAUGCGCUCUCCUACAUUAUGAGGAUGCAAGACUGGCUCCUUUUAGCUCGUUGUGAUACUCAGGGCAUGGUUCAAAGCUGGAAUGGGCCAGUUUCUACUUACUACAUUCUGCAACCUUCCACCUCUCUUACUUUACUGAUGAAGCCUAUUGCUGUUCGGGAGUUGAUUCUUCCAUGUCAUCUGCCUGUGGUUGAGCAGAAUCCACCAGAGCAUAUCCUAAGCAAGAUACAGAGUUCACUAGAUACACUGGAAGUGGACCUUGCAUAUAACCCACUGUCUGUGAAGAGCAACUUGUAUAAGCACCUACAAAAUAUAUUGAUUAAAACACCACACAAGCAGCAGCCACGGAUCAGAGACUCCCGAAUUGUACAGCAGGCCUCUGCUCGUCAGCCCAACCGUCAGAAUCAGAACAGAGUCAAAGCCACUGUAGCUCCACUUCAGUCAGCUGGCAAGAGCUUCAGGCCAGUGGUGAAUAUGAACAGCUCUUAUAAUCUUAUUGCUUCUUCAGAUGAUGAUGACCUUUUUAGUGGACUGUAG